GGUACAACCAUCAACAUGGAACUUAGACAGUUUCACUUUGCAACUUUAUUAGCUGGUUUUCCUAGCUUUCUCAUGACGUAUUUAAUGAUCUGUACAUCGGAUGGAUUCCCUCAAGAUAAAAUGAACGUUCUUUUUAUAGUAGCCGACGAUCUGAGACCAACGCUAGGCAGCUAUGGGAAUACUGUAGUACAGACCCCGAACCUUGACAAGCUCGCACAACGUUCGAUUCGCUUUACCACAGCUGCUUCGCAGCAAGCUGUUUGUGCUCCCAGCCGAAUUUCAUUCCUUACUGGCAGGAGACCGGACACAACAAAGCUUUUUUCCAACGAAAAAGCUACCUACUGGAGGGUGAAUGCUGGAAAUUUCACCUCUUUACCACAACACUUCAAGGAUAGUGGUUAUUUUACCGCUUCCGCAGGAAAAGUCUUUCACCCAGGAAGAGCAUCAAACUUUACAGAUGAUUAUCCAUAUAGUUGGACCAUUCCACCUUAUCAUGCUUCAACUCACACAUACAAAAAUGCAGCGGUAUGUCCAAGUGCAGAUGGUAGACUACACACCAAUAUUGUAUGUCCUGUUGAUGUUGAAAAGCAACCAGAGAGAACAUUGCCAGACAUUCAGAGCACUCAAUAUGCUUUAAAUUUCUUAAAAAAUCACACUGAUUCAAACAACAACAAUCAGCCGUUCUUCCUGGCUGUUGGCUACCACAAGCCACACAUCCCUCUGAAAUUUCCCAAACAGUUCCUUGACAUGUACCCCAUAGAGGAGAUUCACGUAGCAGCAGAUCCCCUUCUUCCCUUUGAUUUGCCGCCAGUGGCAUAUGAACCAUGGACUGAUCUGCGAUGGAGAGAUGACAUUGCAGCACUUAAUCUCAGUUUCCCAUAUGAACGAAUGCCAGAUUUUUAUGCCAAAAAGAUCAUACAAAGUUACUAUGCUGCAACAACUUAUAUGGACAGUCUAGUCGGACAGUUACUCAUAGCUUUAGAUGAGUAUGGUCUUACAGGCAAUACAAUUGUGAGCUUCAUUGGAGAUCAUGGUUGGGCAUUGGGUGAACAUCAGGAGUGGUCAAAGUUCAGUAACUUCAGAAUAGCCACAAAUGUGCCCCUUAUGAUCCAUAUGCCUGGUGUAACUGACAACAGAGACCAUGGUGGUUCAGGAAUUGUAUCUGAUGCUCUUGUAGAAUUAGUGGACUUGUUUCCAACUCUUGCAGAACUGGCUGAACUGAAAGUGCCAGAUCUUUGCCCAGAUGACUCAUCAAACAUCACUCUGUGCUCAGAGGGUCUCAGCUUUGCUCCUCUUUUGAAGAAUCUAAGCAUGCCAUGGAAAAAGGCCAUCUUUAGCCAAUAUCCAAGGCCAUCAGAUGAACCACGAGAAAACACGUGCGAGCCUAGGCCCUCUGAGAUUACAAUUAUGGGAUACUCCAUGCAGACAAGCCGUUUUCAUUACACUGAGUGGAUACAAUAUGACCAUGAAACACAGAAGGGGAACUGGUCGAACAAACAUGCCAGGGAAUUGUACAUAGAUCCUCGGGAUGACCUGAAUGUUGCUUCCUUACCAGAUCUGUCAGAUCUGGUCCAGGAGUUGUCAGAUCAACUGAGGAAAGGCUGGAGAAAUGCUUUACCGGAGAACAAUCACGUUAAUGCAUGAAUUACUCAUUGUUUUACAAAAUGGGAAGCUUUCCCGUGCAUUUUUUUCAGAAAAUAAUGUAAUUUCUACACUUAAAGCUAACGAUCAACUUUAAAUAAAGGAACUUUUUUCCGAUAAUCAAUUCCAAGAAUGUCAGAAGCAAUAGACUGACUAGGAAAUGUAUGCAAACAAUGUAACUCAACGAGGUCAUUAGUUUCUAAAGAAAGUAUUUUGCUGUGUUGACAUGAA